UGAAAAACCUCUUCUAAGUUCUAACUAACCAAUUCAAUGGCUAUUUCUUCUUCCCACUCUCUCCUCCCUCCUUUCCCUUCCAUCAUUUCACCCCAUAAACGACACCAUUUCCCAACUCUAAACACCUUACGCUGUGCACCAAGAAAGGACCUUUUUUAUUCAAAACGACAAUGUUCAAUUAUUGUCCAUGCUAAAGCAAAAACAAAAGCAAAGGAGAAAGAGAAAGAGAAAGAGAAAGCAAAGGCACCGCCACCUCCUUCGCUCCAUGCCUCAGCCACUGUAGAAACAUUAGAAGAAGAGGAAUUUGAUGCUGUCAACAUAGCAGAGGAUGUAACCCAGUUGAUAGGGAGAACACCAAUGAUAUAUCUUAACAAAGUCACACAAGGCUGCGUUGCGAAUAUUGCUGCUAAACUUGAAUCCAUGGAACCUUGUCGAAGUGUCAAGGAUAGAAUUGGUUAUAGUAUGGUGUCUGAAGCUGAAGAAAGUGGAGCAAUUUCCCCUGGGAAGAGUAUAUUAGUUGAACCAACCAGUGGAAAUACAGGACUUGGAAUUGCUUUUGUUGCUGCAACUAAAGGAUAUAAACUUAUUAUCACCAUGCCUGCAUCCAUAGGUCUUGAAAGAAGGGUCCUCUUACGUGCAUUUGGAGCAGAAAUUGUCUUGACUGAUCCAGAGAAAGGUUUGAAAGGCGCUGUUGAUAAAGCUGAGGAGAUUGUUCUCAGCACACCAAAUGCAUACAUGUUUCAACAGUUUGAGAAUGUGGCUAAUACAAAGAUCCACUUUGAAACAACAGGACCUGAAAUAUGGGAAGAUACUCUGGGCAGUGUUGACAUGCUUGUUGCUGGAAUGGGGACUGGGGGUACUGUAACUGGCACUGGACGUUUUUUGAAAAUGAUGAACAAAGAAAUUAAGGUAGUUGGAGUGGAACCUGCUGAAAGGAAUAUAAUAUCUGGGGAAAACUCAGGUUAUGUGCCAAACAUCUUAGAUGUUAAAUUGCUUGACGAGGUUGUCAAGGUCACAAAUGGUGAAGCUGUUGAAAUGGCAAGGAGAUUGGCAUUGGAGGAAGGUUUACUGGUUGGUAUUUCAUCAGGAGCAGCUGCAGCUGCAGCAAUCAGUUUAGGUAAAAGGCCUGAGAAUGCUGGAAAACUUAUUACAGUUAUAUUUCCAAGCUUUGGUGAGAGGUACAUUCCUACUGUUCUAUUUCAUUCUAUAUAUGAAGAGGUUCGAAAUAUGGAACAAAGAUAGUUGAACUAUCCAGAAAAUUAGUCCUUCUGAAGAAUUGGGUUAUUUUUUCCUCGUAUCUUCAUGAGAGAAGUAACCAUUACAUUGAUCGAUAGGUGCCAUGUUUUAUAUAUAUUUAUUGAAUCUGGCUUUACUUUUAAAGCAACGUGGGAUACCAAAUUUUGUCCUCGAGGAAGGUGUCCUUCAGAGCUCAGCAGCUGAGUGUGUUGGGCCAGUGUCCAUGCCUUAUAAUCUUGUCCCUGCAUUUUACAACCUAUCAUGUGCUAUAUAUCUUAGUUAAGCAGUCAAUGUCAAAUGGAGCUGCUGUAAUUCUGUCACACAUUCACAUCAUGUCACUUAUGCCCCUGAUCCUACUAACAUUGUAGGAAUUAGUUUCAUCGUAUGCUCUUGGUUUUUGCUAGUUAGGUUCAGAUUUCGGGGAAUUCAAGCCACAAUUUCUCAAUGAUUGAUAGGCUGAGGCCAGUUUCACA